ACGUCGCUGUCAUGUUUGUUGACGUUGUGGUGAAUGUUGGCUGAUUUUGAUUAAUUUGUGACAACGUUUGUACGUAUUCUAUUAAGUUAUUUAUAUGAUAUUUGAUUUAUGUAACAUAUUUAAUUAAUAUGUGUGCGUAGAUGGUUAGGCAAAAGUAAAGAUUCUGGGGUGACGUAGUUACUAAGUUAACCAAACGUUAGCGGAGCCAGGCACAGCUAGCAUGCUAAGGACGCUAAAUCUGUCAAAACGUCACGUGGCAGGCAGUUUCACGAUGAAACGUCAGUACAAUAUCUUGAGAUAAGGCACGCCAUUGGUUAAUUGCAGUGUUAUUUUGAAGAUCGCUAACCCGUGUAACACAGCUUGCUUGCUAUUUACGUUAGCUGAUCAGUUACUCGGAAUUGUAACAUGAUAUCAUCCUUUGGAACAUCGGGAAUAGGAGAUCCAGUACCCCAUCAGCAGCGUUUCAGCAGCGAUGUAUGGACGUGUGUGUGCUAGCGUCCUUCAGAGAGCCUCAAGCCACAUACUAAUAGUUAGUUCUACAGUCCCAUUACAGACAGCCCACCAUUGUCACUUAUCCCGGGGUACCACAGGAUCAGACCGAUGGGGCUUCACUGGUGAGGAGUCUGUAAACUGGUCUCAAAGUGGGCGGCAUUUCUCAACACACCAGGACCUAGAAUUUCAGCAGAGUCGAGUACAGGUCAACAGUAUUCUUAGAAGCAAUGAGCAGACUAUAAGUGUACCAGAGUUUGAUGGCAGGGGACUCAGUGCUGUGAGAAGAUUUGACACCAACCAAUUAGCUGCUAACACCCCUAAUGAGGACCGUCGCAGUGCAGCCACCUGUUUGCAGUCAAAGGGUAUGCUCUUUGGAGUGUUUGAUGGCCACGGGGGCUGGGCAUGUGCCCAGGCUGUCAGUGAGCGGCUAUUGUACUAUGUGGCAGUUGCAAUGAUGCCAAAGCACAGCUUGGAGGAGCUUGAGAAGAGCAUGGAGCAUGGCAGACCUGUUCCUCCCAUCUUACAAUGGUAUAAACAUCAUGGAGAUUUAAAUUAUCGUGAAUCUGCCUCGCUUUAUAUCAAACACCUCAGAGUCUUCUGGCAAGAAUUACUAGAAAACGAGGGACAUGAUGCAGGCAUGAGUCCCCAGGAUGCUCUGAAUUGUGCUUUCAAACGACUUGAUGCUGAUAUCUCCUUGGAGGCUCAAGUCCCUCUUUCCAAUGACCUGAUGAAAAGUACAGCAAUCCAGGUUGCAUUUGCCGGGUGCACAGCCUGCGUGGCUCAUGUUGGCACUGAUGGAAUCUAUGUGGCGAAUGCUGGGGACUGCCGUGCAGUUUUAGGGGUGCAAAACGAAGACGGGUCUUGGGGCGCUUUGCCUCUUUCUCAGGAUCACAACUCACAGAACCAAGCUGAGGUGGAACGAAUUAAAGCCCAACAUCCACUUUCAGAGAGAGAGACUGUGGUCACAGAUGACAGGCUGCUGGGGGUGCUGAUGCCCCUGCGUGCAUUUGGUGAUGUGAGAUUCAAAUGGAGCCUUGAGUUGCAGCAGAGCAUUUUAGCAAGCUUAGAAUCUGGCAUGGACCUUGACUCAUUCAACUUGUACCAUUACACACCACCUAACUAUCUAACACCACCCUACCUGGAUGUGACACCUGAGGUAACCUACCACAAGCUGACACCUCAGGACCGCUUCCUGAUCCUCGGCACUGACGGGCUGUGGGACGAGCUUGCGAGUGAGGACGCAGUGAGGCUCGUUGGAGAGCAUCUGAGUGGAAUUCACUUACAGGCUCCAGUUUCUUCCUCUGAGAAGCAGCUGAAGUUGGGUCAGAUGCACCAACUCUUGUUAAAACGACAAGCCCGAGCUUCCCCAGCCCUGGACACCAAUGCUGCCACUCACCUCAUCAGACAUGCACUUGGCACUGGAGAAUAUGGAGAGCUGUCCAAUGAUAAACUGGCCUCAAUGCUGGCUUUGCCAGAGGAUCUGGCUCGAAUGUACAGGGACGAUAUUACAGUUACUGUGGUGUUUCUGAACUCUGACCUGGCCAGACCUUACCACUGCUAACACAAGUUUUCUUUCAAAUCCAGACUGAGUGAAACAUCCACCUAAAUUUGGUUCAGUUUACAGUUAAUGUAAUUUUGUUGGCUGGAUUUUUGGGCCAGAAAUGACAACCUGUUACAUGAACUAAUUCUGAGUAAAUAGGCUGGUUUUAGUGUUAUUAUGUGCAGAUGCUUUGUAAAUUUGUGGAUUUGUGCAGGUUUACAUACACAUAAUUUUAGGUAAAUAUGAAUGAAGGUCUUUGUAAUGAUUUUAUUUUUCCAAUGUGUUUGUUUUCCAUGCCAUAAGUAGAAAUAUUGUGAGUGAGUACAGGGUUACAGAAUAAUAUGUGCACUCACUUUGUCUGUCGUCAGCAUUGUUUGUGUCUCUCCUGCACAGACAGUCCAUCUGUGCCCUUUCUCCUGUUUACAUUUAUGUAAGCUCUGACUUUUACCGUUAAAUUUUUAGCAAAAUCAUCUAAUUAAUUUAAUUCUCUUAAAAUGUUUUAAAACUAAGUGUCUUUGUGGAGAAAAAAAAGCAUGUUUUAUAAUAAACGACUCAAAAGAUUAUGUUUGAAUUUGUUCAUGAAAAUAUUUUGAUGGAAAAUUCACGAGUUUGGAUUGUCUGGAAAAUACAGUUUAAUGUUCUGAAAUCUAAACAUAGGAAAAAAAAAAAGACUUGGAACAGUUUUAGUGGAUGUUUUCCAAAUAAACUGCUAACGUAUCAGUUCCUGAAUAUUAUGGGAGCUGAUCCUUAA